CAUCAGUGUACGUUGCUCGAUCACAAAGAUUUAAAAGAGUUAGGAAAAAAAAAAAAAAAUGGGAGUUUACUUUGGUAACUAUUGUUAUGUAAUGAUAAUAGUGUUGGUAUUGGGAGCAGAAGUGAGAAGUCAGUCGUUAAAAAAUGGUUAUUAUUCAACUUCAUGUCCAAAAGCUGAGUCCAUUGUACGGUCCACCGUUGAAUCCCACUUCGAUUCUGAUCCCACCAUUUCCCCUGGCUUGCUUAGGCUUCAUUUUCAUGACUGUUUUGUUCAGGGUUGUGAUGGAUCGGUUUUGAUUAAAGGGAAGUCUGCUGAGCAAGCAGCUCUAGCGAGUACCGGUCUAAGAGGGUUUGAAGUGAUAGAUGAUGCGAAAGCCCGGCUUGAGUCUGUGUGUCCUGGAGUCGUGUCAUGUGCAGAUAUACUUGCACUUGCUGCUCGUGACGCUGUUGACUUGAGUUCUGGACCAAGCUGGACAGUUCCAACGGGUCGUAAAGACGGUAGAAUCUCAUUAGCAUCGAAAGCAUCGAAUCUACCUUCUCCACUUGACUCUGUUGCUGUUCAAAGGCAAAAGUUUCAAGCUAAGGGAUUGGAUACUCAUGAUCUCGUUACUCUACUUGGUGCACAUACAAUAGGACAAACGGACUGUCAGUUUUUCCGUUACCGUUUAUACAACUUUACAGUGACCGGAAACUCCGACCCAACCAUAAGCCCAUCGUUUCUAACGCAGCUCAAAACUCUUUGUCCUCCCAAUGGAGACGGUUCGAAACGUGUUGCUCUUGACAUUGGCAGUCCAUCAAAUUUUGAUGUAAGCUUCUUCAAGAACCUACGAGACGGUAACGGUAUUUUGGAGUCGGACCAACGGCUUUGGUCGGACUCUGAGACAAAUGACGUGGUGAAGAAGUAUGCGAGUACUAUUAGAGGCUUGUUAGGGUUUAGGUUUGAUAAUGAGUUUGGUAAAGCUAUGAUUAAGAUGAGUUCCAUCGAUAUAAAAUCAGAUGUCGAUGGUGAGGUUAGGAAAAUUUGUUCUCAAGUGAACUAGUUUGAGUUAAGCGUAAGAAAUAUAUACAUGAAUAAUACCAUUGUCAGGUU